CUCUCUGACUCUAAGGGGAAAAGAGAGAUCGAAAGAGAGAGAGAGAGAGAGAGAGAGAGAGAGAGAGAGAGAGAGGAGAGUUUCCGUUGCGCUUGAAGCGCUUCAGCAGUUGGGACAGGAGGACGCAGGGACGCAGGGACGCCUCUCUGACCGCACCAUGGAUCACCCCGAACGCUUACUUUCCUCACUUCCCCUCUACACAACAUAGGACCCUUACCCCAACUCUGAUCUAAUCUCUUCACCUCUGGAAUACUUCAAUAUAAUCCUGCAAAAUGGAAAUGACGUUCUUUCUUUCAGCGGUUUCUCACUCAUCCUCGUGGGGAACGAACUGACCAGGGCCAUGCUGAGUGACAUUGGUGACUAUGUAGGUACGGAUAUUGAGAUUUCCUGGUUGCCUAAUCUGGAUGAUUUAAUGAAAGGCUACGCUCGAAAUUUUCGUCCAGGGAUAGGAGGACCUCCAGUGAAUGUUGCCAUGGCUAUUGAAGUAGCCAGCAUUGACCAUAUCUCAGAAGCCAACAUGGAAUAUACCAUGACUGUGUUUCUGCGUCAGAGCUGGCGAGACGAGCGCCUUUCUUACAACCACACAAACAAGACCCUGGGGCUGGACAGCCGUUUUGUAGAUAAACUCUGGGUUCCAGACACGUUUAUUGUCAAUGCCAAAUCGGCCUGGUUCCAUGACGUCACUGUCGAGAACAAGCUCAUACGGCUACAGCCUGAUGGUGUCAUCCUCUACAGCAGCCGAAUCACAUCCACAGUAGCCUGUGACAUGGACCUAACCAAGUACCCAAUGGAUGAGCAGGAGUGCAUGCUGGACCUUGAGAGCUAUGGCUACUCUUCAGAAGAUAUCAUUUAUUACUGGUCAGACAGCCAGAAACAAAUUCAUGGCCUGGACAAACUGGAACUGUCCCAGUUCACUAUCACAGACUACCGCUUUAUCACUGAGAUGAUGAACUUUAAAUCGGCUGGGCGAUUCCCUCGGCUCAGUUUGCACUUCCGGUUGAGGCGGAAUCGAGGAGUCUACAUCAUCCAGUCCUACAUGCCCUCUAUCCUGCUGGUUGCCAUGUCUUGGGUGUCUUUCUGGAUCAGCCAAUCAGCUGUGCCUGCAAGAGUAUCACUAGGAAUCACUACUGUGCUGACCAUGACGACGCUGAUGGUGAGUGCCCGCUCCUCGUUGCCUCGUGCCUCCGCCAUAAAAGCCCUGGAUGUAUAUUUCUGGAUCUGCUACGUGUUUGUGUUUGCCGCCCUGAUUGAAUAUGCCUUCGCUCACUACAACGCCGACUACAGCAAGAAGGAGAAGGCCAAGGUCAAAGUGAACAAGAAUACAGAGUCCAUGGUGAAGAAUGGAAAGCAGGCUAUGGUCCUCUUCUCACUGUCAGUGACAGGCAUGAAUCAAGGCCUUGUGGUCUCCAACCGGCAGAACCGUGCCCAAAGUGAGACAUCCGUAGAGCCUCAGGAAGAGGCGGAAACGGCUAAGCAAGAGAGCAGUGAAGAAAGGAAGUGCUGCAAGUGCAAACCCAUAGACGCUGACACAAUCGACAUCUACGCCCGUGCCGUCUUCCCUUUCACUUUCGCCGUGGUCAACGUCAUCUACUGGGUGGCUUAUACCAUGUGACAUACAGAUGCCAAGUCAGCUGACAUCUUGAGAUUUUGGAUUUUUACAUUAUGGGAAGAUCAUUAUUGUCAAACUAUGAUUCAGAUUGUUGAAUCCUUAUGAUUCAACUCAGACUGCUUAGGUUUUGUGUGGCUCUACAUCUGAUAAAGCCAGAUAAUGAAGAUGAGAACAUCUGGUAAGGAAGCAAUUUUCCUUUCAACAAGAUGAAGGUGAGUGGAAUAUGAGGAAUCGCUGCGAGGGCUGCUGAUUGUCUCGCCUCUGCAACAUUACAUUGCCUUGGUUUCUCUUUACAUGUUACUAUUAUAAUAUAUUAGAUAUUAUUUUGUGACAUUUAAUUGCAAUUCUUUUUCACCUGAAACCUGGGAUAAUUAAAUUGAACCACACAACAUGACUGCAUGGCUGCUGUUUUGAUCAGUAAUUUUUUUCAUUCUUAUUCUGCCAUGGUUUUAAGUUUCCUGCCAUUCUCUAGGCUUUGGACUGCCUUCAAAUUAAUUUCAGACUUUGCGAAACUGUAUCCACUGUUUGAUUUUCAACAUGAGGUUAUUACUUGAGCAAAUGACUGAAAUGUUGGAUCAGUCAUGAAAGAAGGCCAUAGUUUAAAUAAUGACGUUAAAUAAUGACAAUUUCUUUCACAAUGCCUACUUGCAUGUUAAUAUAUUUAUAAUGUGACCUUAGGUAGCCGAACUCUAGACUUAUCACAGACCAAAUGUAUUUCUAUGUAAAGUUUUGAGUAUUAAAAUGGCCGCAAGAUAUUGAAAAUGAUCUACUGCCCUGAACAAGCAAGGUAUGGAGAGAGUUUAUGGCCAGCUUUCUUAAAUAAUUCAGUUCACUUUUCUUAAUAUAGUUUUCCUUUUGAAGCUCCAAAUAAUUAAAUGACAAUACUAAAGAGAAAAUUGUAUUGAGUCUAUAUAGAGGCGAUGACUGCUGCAAUAAAUUUGAGAGUGAUAAAAGAAACAAAAUGUGUGUGAUUU